AUGAAUUAUCUCUCACUAAUAUUUGUCCUUGUUGCGGCUCUAGCGCUCUGCGUAAACGCUGAACCAGAGCCAGAACCCGCGAAAGGUCAACGGGCAGCUUUGCCCCGCUUCCGUUUGGCUGGUGAUGCCAAGGAAGCACGUAAAGUUGAAUCUGCUGAUGACGAAACUGACGACGUCGCUAACGCCGAUACCAAUGGCAAGAAGGAUGUCACCAACAAGAAGGGUUCUGACGCCUCUAGCGGCCGUUUAUUUUUGAAGAAGUUUAUGCUCUUCAAGAAUAUGUUUGGCCAGCAACAACAACCUGUCAUUCCUAUUAUCAUUGCGGGAAAUUCCGGCACAGGCAGUUACACAACGCCAACUACCAGUUCACCCACUUAUAGCACAAUCACCUCAACUGGUUCCUUACCCACAGUUACGGGCACACUUACCACCUCUCCAACCUCAACCAGUCGUGGUGACGGGCUCGAUCGUCAGGAGGAGGAGGUGCUAGAAGAAGCUGCUGCAGCCAUGGACGAGGAACAAUUACAAGCUGCACUCGCAGCGGGCGCACAAGAAUAUGUAGUAACAGAUCAAGAGAUUCGCGGUACUUCUGAUGCUAAGGCGUCCAAAGGUCCGGCACGCGUAAAUUUGCGCCGUCCUGGCGGUAAAAAGGGCCAGAUGGUCUCUGUGCGCAUACCAGCCAAAUAUCGCAAGUACUUCAAGAACGGCCAAAAGGUAAUGUUAAAUACAAACAACCGCCCGGGGAAGCGGCGUACGGUGCAGAAGAAACGCGUCAACAAAACCCGUAGGAGGAGGGUUGGUGGCAAGAGACGUCGUGUGAAUAAUUAA